UACAUACAUUGGCAGAAGAAGUUCUUGUUGACGACUCGAAUUUGUUUUUGACGGAAAUGGAAGAUUCAGAGGAGGUAUGGGACAGCUGGGAAGAUAUGGCAGAUAGUGGAGUCUUGGAUAAGAAAUUGCAGGAGGCACAGAAACAACGUGAACUGGCCACUCAAGAGAAGAAGGAUGUGGAGCCCUCUGUUGUUCUGCUUGAAGAAGACAGUCAAAGGACGUCGUACCAACCACAGCUCAGAAUCCUCAAGAGACCUACUGAGGCUGGCGGAGACCAGAAUGCCACAGAGAACAAGGAUGUCAACAAGACCAAGCCAAAGACUUUGGCAGAGAGAGAGGAGGAGUACAAGCAAGCAAGGUUGAGGAUCCUAGGAUCUGCUGAAACUGAUUUCUCGGAGGCAUCACCAAGACCUAAAGAGAGCACCCGUCUGGCUGCAAGCCCGUCCACAACCAAGAGGUAACAAUGUCAUCGGCUGACAACAUUUGGAUUCCAGGCGUGCUGGAAGGAGUGAGAUAUUUACGACACAACGGCAGGCCCAUGCAUGCUUUAACAAAGUCAUACAUCAUGUUUUCCAAGCAGGCGCCUAGCCGUUGAACCAUGAUCGGGUAGGAUGAAGGCAUUGCAAGCUGCACCGAGUCAAAGUCUGCGAAAUGCCUCUGUCUUUACCGAAUGCGGAACUAGUUAAAGAACCAUCGAAGGUUGAACUGUCACACCGAUAUUGAAUCUGAAGACGACGUGAUAGCAGAGCAUCUUGGUUCGAAGCAUGGGGGAUACAAUAAGUCAUACGAUGCUUGCCUGACGAUAUGUGCUUGUGUUGGCCGGAGAGGGAAAGGUUGCUUGGAUUUGAAAUCCAUUAAUUGGGAUAUCCAUAGCAUAGUCUCCAGAAGAGAAUUACCAACAAAGCAACAACGGAAGGACCAUAAAGGGUAUUACAGUGAUAUGCAAACUGUGACGAAAUGUGUGAAGCAACAAAAGGCUCAAAUAUUAAGGUUCACAAAGUGGCUAUACAGUAUUUGAUGGUUUAACCCAAUCUUUUCCUGCACAGGUUCAGAAAACAAUAUUUUUCUGAGAAGCCUUGCAAAAAAAAAAGAUAAUUUAGAACAAAUAUUUUCAGGAAUCUCAUAUAUUAAGUGACAUUGUGAAUUUCAUAAUAGAUAGUAGCCAAGGGCUGAUUGCAUGAAAAAGUCUUUGCAAUGGUCGUCUUUUUGUGUUGCCUAUUUAUUAUGAUGUGCUGUAUGCGACGUCUUUUUGGUAAACUACCUGCCAUCUUAUUUUAUUUAACCGUUAAAGUGAACGAAAACAGUUGUUUUUAAAUGAUGUAUUUAUGUAAACUUAUAUCAAUUUGAAAGUGGGCAAAUAUGGACUGCGCAUGAGGAUGACUGUAAAUUAUCAUUCCCGAGGUGCGUUUCAUACCCGGCCGAGGGGUGAUAGAAAGGCCAGUAUGAAAAGCAACGAGGGAGUGAUGAUUUUCAGUCAUCCGAAUACAGAGCAGUCCAUAUUUGUAUCAUAUACCUCAUCGAUAGUAACACAACUCUAUCCCCAAUCGAUUAAAUUUCAGGACCACCAGUGUAUUAAUCUCAAUUUGAUUUGUCAAAUUUCUUUAAGUUGUUACUUAAACUAGCUGCACUCCCAGGGCUGCUCUGCUUCUGGUCAUGUACUUUUCUUUAUUACAAGUCCCUAAGUGCUCUAUGGUAAUGCAACAUAAUUACCCUGGCUUAGGCAGAGCAGCUGUUAUACUUCAUUUCAAGAUUUUUUCUCUCUGAAUAAAAAAAGAAGACUUGGAAUAUGAUACAUGAUGUAGCUAUAAGAAAUCAAGAGAUAAUAGCAGUAGUGAAGUUUUACUCGUCACAGGUAUUAGGAAAGGGGGGAACUGAACUAUGGUAGUUUGAGCAAACUCGUAUAGAGUAUGAUGAAGUUCUUAAUUCUCAUAGUUGUGUCAAUCUAAUAUUUGCAUGCUAAAUUAACAUGUAGCUGUAUAUGUAUGUUGUAUACUUUACAAGUAAUGGGAAAUUUGACCUUGGAAAUGGCUUGAUUUUUGUCAAGGCAGAAAACGAGGCAAAUGUAAUUUUGAAGAUAUGUAAGGAAUAUCUGAAGAAAAUUAUGGAUGCUUUAAAAAAAGGAACAUACCCAGUCUAAUUUUCAUUUAGUCUAAUGCUCAGUUGGUGUAAUUUCCACUUGAUCUACUUAUUAGUAGUAAUUUUGAAAUUGAAAAUUUGGUUCAUAAACGUUUCAUGUAAACAUAUUGACCAAGUAGUUUUAGACCAGUUGGGAUAUUAUAGACAAAAAGGUUGUAGCCCAACUGGAAAUUAGACCAAUGGUGUAUGGGCUAAAUGGCAAUUACACUAAACGAUAAGUAAACAGACUGGUUGCAGACGAACUACGAUUACAUGUAGCCACGUGGAACAAUACAAAACAGAAUGUAAAAGCGGGUGUCCACCGAAGAAUCUUGCCAAAAAUUCUUGUUACCUUCCAAGGGGGUCUGAUCUCCUGCACCUCUUAUUGAAAUUGAUCGAGGGAGUUCCAUUUGUGACCAGUCAACCCCAAACCAACAUAGCAUCCCGAUGUUAGAUAACAUGAUUUGUGCUGCUAUACAGGUACAGACCUGCCAACCAGUACGUUUUAGCCGUAUUUAGUACGUUUUUGCAACCAAAAUACGGUAGUACAUAUUUUCUUUAAAAAAUAUGUUUUUUUUUUAAUACAAAAUCGUAAUUUAUGGAGAAAAGUCAUCUCUAUAUGUCUCUAUUUCAUAAAACGUACACAAAUAUGGUUAUUAGAUCAAUGUAAUUUUUUUUUUCAAUCAUUUUGUAAAAACCAGGGUGAGAUAUACACAAGUUUCAAUGGUUUUUUUUUGUCUCACCUGCAUAGCAGAGUGAGACUAUAGGCGCCGCUUUUCCGACGGCGACGGCGGCGGCGUCAACAUCAAAUCUUAACCUGAGGUUAAGUUUUUGAAAUGACAGCAUAACUUAAUAUGUAUAUGGACCUAGUUCAUGAAACUUGGCCAUAAGGUUAAUCAAGUAUUACUGAACAUCCUGCAUGAGUUUCACGUCACAUGACCAAGGUCAAUGGUCAUUUAGGGUCAAUGAACUUAGACCAUGUUGGGGGAAUCAACAUCAAAAUCUUAACCUAAGGUUAAGUUUUUGAAAUGUCAUCAUAACUUAGAAAAUAUAUGGACCUAGUUCAUGAAACUUAUACAUAAGGUUAAUCAAGUAUCACUGAACAUCCUGCAUGAGUUUCACGUCACAUGACCAAGGUCAAUGGUCAUUUAGGGUCAAUGAACUUUGGCCGAAUUGGGGGUAUCUGUAGAUUUACCAUCAUAACUUUAAAAGUUUAUGGAUCUGAUUCAUGAAACUUGGACAUAAUAGUAAUCAAGUAUUACUGAACAUCCUGUGCAAGUUUCAGGUCACAUGAUCAAGGUCAAAGGUCAUUUAGGGUCAAUGAACUUUGGUCAAAUUGGGGUAUUUGUUGAAUUACCGCCAUAACUUUGAAAGUGUGUUGGUCUAGUUCAUAAAACUUGGACAUAAGAGUAAUCAAGUAUCACUGAACAUCCUUUGCGCAUUUUAGGUCACAUGACCAAGGUCAAAGGUCAAUGAACUUUGGCUUAAUGGGGGUAUCUGUUGAAUUACCAUCAUAACUUGGAAAGUUGAUGGAUCUUUCUCUUGAAACUUGGACAUAAGAGUAAUCAAGUAUCACUGAACAUCCUGUACGAGUUUCAGGUCACAUGAUCAAGGUCAAAGGUCAUGUAAGGUCAAUGAACUUUGGCCACGUUGGGGGUAUUUGUUGAAUUACCAUCAUAUCUCUAUAAGUGUAUGGGUCUAGUUCAUAAAACGUAGAAAUAAGAGUAACCAAGUAUCACUGAACAUCUUGUGCGAGUUAUAGUAGUUUUCAAAAUCAGCACUGCUGCUAUAUUGAAUCGCGUGAUGCAGGUGAGACGGCCAGAGGCAUUCAUCUUGUUUUCAUCUGCAAGAGCACUGCACUGCAUGCAGCUUGAGCACCGUGAUGGGCGAGUGCGCCAAGCAUUUUAUUAUGAAAUACACUUUUUUGGGGAAAAAUACAAAAUAUUUAUCUCACACGGUAAAAAUACUGAUUUUUUUGUCAAAAUACUGAUUUUGGGGGAUAAGAAUACUGAAAAUGCAAAAUACAACUUGGCAGCUCUGCAGGUAUGAAAUUUAAUUAUUAUUGUUAUAAUCAUUUAUAAUCUGGCUGAAUAUUCAAAAUCUAUAUUCCCUAUAGGGGAUCAACAUUAUGGGGAAAUUGGCAACAUCAGGGAGAAACGUGGGAGAACAAUGGCUUUAUUCCGUCAACGAGACAGGUGAUAUUAAGGGGAACCGCAACAACGUAGGGGAAUUUUGAGUAAUGGGAGAGAACAAAAGAAUUCCCUCUUAUAUUUGUGUAUUAUUUUUUAUCAUUAUUAUUAUGUAUACAUAUCAUCAUUAUUGGUAAAAUUAAUCUUAUCAAAAGCCAAAGAAUUUGUUGAAAAAAACAGAUGAAAUGAAAAGCUUAAAUGUGAAAACCAAAAAAGAAGUAAUUCCAAAUAUAUCUUCUUUUUCAAUUUUAAAUACUCUUUUGUUUGUGUAGGAAACCUUGUGUAUAACAAACUUACAUCAGUUGAAAGGUGUUAGCUGGAGAUAUUGUUGGAAAAUUGUUCAUUAUUAUAAUAAUAAUAAUGAUAAUAAUGGUAUUUAUUCAUCAAAAUGUCAAACAACCAGGAUCACAUUAUGAUCCAACUUCCCUAUGUGCUUCCAAAGGAUUUGAUUUAUUAAUUAUCUAGUAAAAAAAUAAUUAUUUUCCCCAUUACAGGUACAUGUAGUCUUUGUCACUAAACAAUUAUACGGCCAAAGACAAUAUACAGUUGAGGCCAGAAGUUUACAUACACCCAGGAAAUUCAAAGAAAAGUUGACAUAUGCCAAACAUCAUAAAAUUUAAUGUACAUGUAUCUUAUAAAAUAUUUGUGCUAUCAUGACGAAUUUGAUAUCAAACAAAUGAGUAUGUCAUGCCCUUUCAUCACAUUGCUUUGUCAUCAGGAGUUGAAAAAUAUUUAGGUGUCAUUUUCCCCCAUAAAAUCUUCAUAUUUUAGACAAAUUAAAAAUGAAAACUUGACAAAAUCAUUUGAGAUUACACUUUUGUGUUCAGUGGCGACAUAUCAUGUCAGAAAAUGUAAUAUAAAUCAUGGAUUUGACAUUUUUAUAUUUCUAUGAAACGUGGUUUGAAAAUAUAAUAAUAGAAUACAUUUGGCACGAAUAUUACUUUUUUUCUUCAAAGAAAAUCUCACCUGAAAUAUACUUUCAUCCCAACGGCAUCCCAAUCAUGUGAAAGAGCUUAAAACUCUCUUUUAUUUGAUACCAAAUUCGUCAUGGUAGUAUUUAUAUUUCUAAAGAUAUAGUAAAUUUUCCGAUGUUUGUCAAGCGAACAAAUUUCACAGAAUUCAAUGGGUGUACACUGUAUGUAAACUUUUGGCCUCAAGUGUACAAGGAGCUUUUUGUGAAACAUUGCCAAAGUGAAGUUUAAAUGGAGGUUUAAAAUAUUGAUUUGUGCACAUAAUUUGUACUCGUUUAAAAGAAUGAAAAGCAGGAUUGCGUUGAUGUUUUCUUAAUAAGGUAAAAUUUUAUUAUUAAGCUUUGAAUGAAAUAGGGAAAUAAAAUUUAUGUAAAUCCGUUUAGCCAAGCUUGUUACUGACUUUGCUCAUUUGACAUAUGUACAUUAUUUAAAUAAGCCAGUUCGUAGUUCCUUUCUGCGCAUGAUCAAAAGAUUCUACGCAUGAUCAGAGGAAGGUCAUUUGUACUAAAGUGACAUGGUGGUUUAAAAUCUAAUGAGAUAAGCACCAACUUUGAUGUCUUGAUUAUUCAUAUAUUCUUUUGAAUUGUGAUUUUCAUUUACAUCCACAAAAAACAACAAUGCGUCCACGAACGACUGGUAUUUCACAGUUUGCCAAGUACAUUGUACAACAUGCUAUAAUAUGCAUUCAAAGUAGGAAUGCAACAAAUACCUUCAUAAAGUGUUCAUUGGUGUGCUAUUCUAGUCACCUGGGGCCCAUUGCAGAAAGAGUUGCAAUCAAUCGCAACUCUAAAAAUCAAUCUCAACUCUAAAAAUCAUGCGCAACUUGAUUUUCAACCAAUCAACGGCGCGCAUUUGGGACUUGCGAUCGAUUUUUUGACUUGCGUUUAAACGCAACUCUUUCUGCAACGGGCCCCAGGUCUAUUCAAUUUCUUCAUCCUGCUAUGUAAGGCAAGCUUACGUAAUAUCUUGCAAGCUUUGAAAUCUGCCUAUCAUAAUGAAAGAAAUGAAAGGUCAUUUGACCAAAAUUGUCCAUCAGUAACUACGAACUGGUCUAUUGAUAUUGGCCCUGGUUACAAACCAUAUUAUACAGGUUAGGUAAAUUUUACGGAUUGAAACAAGUCUUGCAAGUUGUUCUCUUGAACAUUGUCAUGAAACAUUGCUCUGGCAUCCCAAAUACCUUGGUAUUAUUAUUAGAGUUUUAAAUUUACAAAGGUUUAAAGAAUAUCAAUAUUUUUGAUAAGUUGUAAAAAUGUUUGAAUAAAGUUAUUGUUUGAUGAA